AUGCCGUCAUUAGAUUCGUUCCCACAAAAGGUGGACCAGAGCAUUGCAAGGACUCGCUGCCUUAAGCCUCUGGUCUAUUCCGGUUCUCUAGAUCACUUCAGCCAUAAUGACCUGACGCCUUGUAUCGGACGGGAGUUCAACGACCUCCAGGCCGUGGACCUACUAGACGCCGACGAGCAGGUGUUCACAGACUUGGCAGCUACCAUUUCGGAGCGUGGUGUUGUCUUCCUACGUGACCAGCAACUCACACCGGAGCAGAUGAAACAAUUUUGUCUGCGGAUAACCCGAGCUGCUGGAUGCCCAGAAUCUUCUGGCCUGCACAUCCACCCUCUCACGGAGCCGAGCAGCGAGCUGGGCGACCAGAUCAGCGUCAUCAGCAGUGAGAAGCAGAAGAAGGGCGGCGGCCUCACGCACCAGCUCAACGACGUCAGCCGGUUUGCCAGUACCGGCUGGCACUCAGACAUCUCGUUCGAGACCGUCCCGUCGGACUAUGCCAUGCUAAAGAUCCACACCUUGCCACCCACCGGAGGUGAUACACUCUGGGCUUCUGGAUAUGAGAUUUAUGACCGUCUGUCCCCCAACAUGCAAGACUUCCUUGAGGGGCUCACGGCGACGCAUGACGCCAUGUUCUUCCACGAAGAAGCCGAGCGUCUCGGCAAUCCCAUCCGCAAGGACAUCAGGGGCUCCCCACUUAAUCAGGGUGGAAACCUCAAGGCGACACACCCUGUGAUUCGGACAAACCCUGUCACCGGGUGGAAAUCUGUCUAUGUGAACAAGGGCUUCACGAAGCGCAUCAAUGGCGUGACGAAAGACGAGUCAGAUAUGCUGCUCAGCUAUUUGCUUAACUUGGUGACCCAGAACCACGACGCCCAGGUCCGCUUCCGUUGGCGCAAGAACGACAUGGCGAUCUGGGACAACCGCAGCACAUGGCAUUGCGCCACAUACGAUUAUGCCGAUGCCCGGGCCGGUGACCGGGUGUGCUCGCUGGGUGAGGUACCCUAUCUAGAUCGGGACAACAGCAAGAGCCGGAGGGAGGACUUAAGCACGUAA